CAAUUCGAAGACAAUCAAAAGCUCCUUUAUCUGAAUUCAUUAUAACGAAAUUAUACAAAGAGCAUAGGGAUCUAUUUUUAGAGUUAAAACCGAGAACAUGGACAACGGAAUCGGAUAAAACACUACUUUGUAUUCCAUAAUGCCGCGCAUUGGUGUAGUCGGUGAAGAGUUCCUCCGGUCUUCCAGUCACGUCCGCCGGUUAUACACCAAAAAUAUUCCCGGGGAUUGUUUUAAUAUCCCGAAAUUUAUAUCUUCCGAACUUCGGCGAUUCUUUCUGUAAUACCCGGCUAUACGAGAUUAAUUUCGAUGUAAUUGAGUUAGGAAAAUCGAGUGUGAUUAUUAAAUUAUUCCGGCAAUUUGGGUAGGCCGUUUUUCGAAGUGGAGGAGCGAAAAUCAAAAAGCUCCUAUACACCCUAAGUUGUUGCGCAAGCUUAAAGUACGUUACCUGUCGCCGCCGCCGCCGCCGCCGCCGCCGCCAACACAGAAACUAUCAUGUGCUUAUCGAAGCUCAGAUUUGCCACCGCCGUCGGGACGACAACUCGCCGCUGUCGUGUGUCGGGAAAAUCGCGGUUUUCCACGUAUUCUCCAAGAUCUCUACUCUCUAGUUUGUUUCCGUUUUUCUUUUUCAAAAUGUCGCCUUCGUACUAUUCGGUUUAAUUUAGGAGAAAUGUAGGUAGUUACAAUGCUUCUAUUCUUGUACCUAUCAACAAUCCUGCUGCUACGAGUCCGACCGUCCGCCAGCCUGACAUCAAACAACUGUAAUUUCAAUUCGAUGUGCGUCUGUUCGAUGGAAGAGCGGGACGUCUCCGUGAAAACCAUCCACAGCAUCAGCUGCCUGUCGACGCCUUUCUACAAAUUCCCCACCCUGCCGGAAGGAAGCGUCAGCCAGCUCGAAGUGGCCGGGACGAAAAUAAGCAUACUGGAGUCCGAGAGCCUGGCGGGUUGUCAAGUGCAGGCACUCAUCCUUACCAAUAACCGCAUACAACACAUCGCUGAUAGGAGUUUCAGUUCCUUAUCUAAGAGCAUCACGUCGUUGGACUUGAGCUACAAUCGACUCGAUGGCGUCCCCUUCGCCGCGCUGAAAGACGCCAGGAACUUGCAAUGGAUCAAUUUACACGGCAACGAAAUCGGCUCGAUGAUCGGCUGGUGGUCGCACAUGAAAACCUCCCUGUCGACACUAUUCCUGGGGGAAAACGACCUGACGAUCGUACCGAACGAGACGAGCCACAGCAAUUCGAAGAACCGGCAAGGUUUAUGGCACUUUCGAUCGUUGAUUUGGCUGAAUUUGGACGGCAAUCGGAUACAUUCGAUCGAAAACGGCUCGCUGCCGACCUGUUUGAAAACGGCCAGCUUGUCGUACAAUUUACUAGCGGAUUUUCCGGUCGAUCUCGUGGCCGCUUCGCCGCACCUGCAAUGGCUUUACUUGCGGGGGAAUCAUAUAAGGUUAAUUCCUCAAUGCACUUUCGGGCGGAUGGCGUAUUUGGAAAAGCUGGAUUUGGCCGAGAAUUACAUCAGUACAUUACCGGGUUAUCUGUUUAAUAAUUCACUGAAAAUUCGCGACGUCAAUUUGGCCUUCAACGAUUUUCGGAUGCUGACGGAUAAUUGCUUCGCCGGUCUGAGCACCGGCCGGAUAAUAUUCUCGUACAAUUCGCUGGAAAAAAUGGAUUACGACGCGUUUAAUGGCAUAUUAGAUACGUUAGAGUACCUCGAUUUGGAUCACAACAAUCUACAACGCAUACCGGAAGCUUUGAAACGACUGAACUCCCUUAAAUACCUCUAUUUAUCUUGGAAUUUUUUGAAAUACAUCUCGCCGUCCGCUUUCGACAAUUUCUGCGACAGCUUGAAGGCGCUGAGCUUGAGCGGAAACCAGCUGAGAGAAAUACCGUCGGAGGCGCUGCAAAAUUGCACGAGAAUCUCCCACUUCAACAUAGCCUACAACGAGAUAGUCGAAAUCGAUCGCGGGGAUUUCCAAAAUUGGGCAUCGAACGUCCGAAGCCUGAACCUGGCCAACAACAGAAUCGCUCGUCUACCGGCGAACUUAUUCGAGGAUUUGGUUAGUUUGAAGGAGCUGAGUUUGAGUUUCAAUCCGCUGAAGAAGAUCGAUAAGAGCGCGUUUAUUGGUUUGAAGAAAUUGGAAAGUUUGGAAUUAUCGUUCGCCGUCAACAAGCCGGAUUUAAUCGAGCGCUUGCCGAACGUCAAGUGGUUGUUUUUGGACAACAAUAGUAUUCAUAAAUUAAACGGUUCGAACGAGGUAGCUUCGGAUAUCAGAUACCUCAAUUUGGAAUCGAAUAAGAUCGAUUCGAUUCCGCCCGGAUCGCUCAAAUCCCACUCGAACUUGCAAAACGUCCGGUUAUCGAACAAUCAAUUGAGCACCAUCGAAACCGACGCAUUUCGCUCGUUAAACGCUUUAGAAACCGUUUUGCUAUCGAACAACAAAAUCCGGCAAUUUCGCGAGGAAAGUUUCACGAAUUUACCCAACCUCACCACCAUCAUAGCCUCUCACAACCGCCUAAAAACCAUCAGCUCCAACACCUUCUCCAACCUACCUUCCAUCAACAAAAUAGAUUUGUACAACAAUCGGCUAACGCACGUUUCUUUCAACUCAUUCACAAACAUCUCCUCUCAUUUAUUGGAGUUGAACGUUAGCAGGAAUCAGAUAGUUUCCUGCGCCUCGGACGCCAGAGUGCUGAACAUGCGAACGUUCGAUUUGAGCUACAACAAUUUGGCGACGGUGCCGGGUUGCAUUCGCGACACGUCGGGCUUGGUGAGGCUCUAUUUGGAUUUUAACAUCAUCGGGGAGCUGGAGAACGCGGUGUUCAUGUACCUGACUUCGUUGGAGCGCUUGGGAUUGCAGCAGAAUAACGUAAGGCGCGUGGGGAAGAGGGCUUUUUUCGGUUUGCAGAGCCUGCAAACGCUCGAUUUGUCGAAGAAUUUGAUCGGGCAAUUGCACGUGGGGCAGUUCGCGAACAUGUCCAAAUUGAGGGUGUUGAAUUUGAGCGGGAAUCACUUGAGCUACCUGCCGAAGGAGAUAUUCAAAAGCACCAACAUCGAGAUGUUGGAUUUGAGUUUUAACAGUUUUUCGGUGGUGCCCAGCUCUACUUUAUCCGACAUCGGUAUUUCUCUUAGGUAUUUCACGAUGCGCUCGAAUAACAUCGAGCAUAUCGAUAUAACUACGUUUCCUGAUAUACCGCUCCUGCAGCGGUUGGAUUUGAGGAAUAAUAAGCUGACUAUAUUACCGGAUAAUGUGUUCACGAGUUUGGGAUUGCUGCAAUUUUUGGAUUUGAGUUCGAAUCCUUUGAGGUCGAAUUUCAAGGAGUUGUUCCACUACGCGCAAAGCUUGAAGCAUCUCGAUUUGUCGAACACGGGCGUCACGAACACCCCGUAUUUUCCUCUGCCGAAUCUCGUGUUUUUGAAUCUCUCUCACAACAACAUAGAGUUCAUAAACAAGUACUCCUUUCAGCAGUUGGGUAAAUUGAAAGUUCUGGAUUUGAGUCGGAACAAUUUGAAUAAAAUAUUCGCGCAAUUGUGGGUGCAUUUGCCGAAUUUGAAAGCGUUAGAUUUGUCUUAUAAUCCUAUAAAAGAAAUACUAGCUGACAGUUUCAGCGGUUUGCAGAAUCUGCAGCAACUGAACAUCCAGCAUUUGGAUAAGCUGGUAAAAUUCGAGAGCGAAUCCGUGAUACAAUUAAAAAUCAUUUCGAAACUGCUCAUACAAACCUGGCCGAAAAUCGAAAAUUUCUCCGAGAAAUUAUGCCAACUUUUCUCGCACACCGACCAGCUCAGGGUCCUCAAAAUACUGCUCCUGGAAAAGGAGCUCACGGAUCAGUUACUCUGCGUGACGAACAGGAAAAUUCGCCACUUGGAAAUCACCGGAAAAUCCCUGAAAACCGUCAACAAAGACGCCUUCACCAGGUUCACAAAAAACCCUCAACUACUCAUCAAAAUACACAACACCAGAAUCGAGGAGCUGCCCUCCGGUUUGUUCUCCAACAUGUACAAAGUGGCCCAUCUGACGCUGGACCUGCGGAACAACCAACUCACCCAACUCCACCCGGAAAUCUUCUACGGAAACUCCAGCAGGUGGAAAAGCGACGGUACCACAUUGAUAACCGGUGGUUUAUUGUUAUCGAACAAUCCCUUCCGAUGCGAUUGCCACCUGACCUGGCUCAGCCACUGGAUGAGGAGAUGGACGAGGGAGAGUCUCCAGUCGCACAGCUCGCCCGCCGAGGGCUCGGUCAGGAUGAUCGAGGCGAUCAGCGAGGCUACUUGCAUUGAUUACAGAAGCAAUACGAAAAUUCCCAUCGUGGAUUUGCAACCGGAGGACACGAAUUGCCACGCCAGUGCCCUCAGUAACGGUGCGCGUUCCACCAAAACUACUGUGAUAUUUUCCGGCGUGUUAACGUUUCUUGCGCUCUUGAGGUAGCGUUUUCGGUUAAAUCGAGUAUUAUAUUGAGAAGAGCGUAUUUUUUAUAUUUACAUUAUGUACAAAAAUUAUAGGUAUUAAUAAAAUUAACGUUGUUUUCUUCUUA